AUGGGAGAACUGAAUUUCUUCCUAGGACUUCAAGUAAAGCAAUCUAAGAAGGGAACAUUGAUAAGUCAGCAAAAGUACAUCAAGGAGCUGCUGAAAAGGUUUGAUAUGGAAGCCUCAAAAGUUAUCGACACGCCCAUUGUAACAGCUACUCGUCUAGACAUGGAUGAACCUGUUUUUGAUCUUAUUGGGUAUGUUGAUAUUGAUUAUGCUGGAUAUCUAGUGGACAAGAAAAGCACUUCUAGGAUGGCACACUUCUUGGGUUCCUGCUUAAUCUCAUGGGGUACAAGGAAGCAGAAUUUUGUGCUACUUUCAAUUGUAGAAGUUGAAUAUGUAGUAGUUGCCUCUUGCUGUGCUCAACUUUUGUGGAUCAAGCAACAAUUGGAAGAUUUCAGAGUAGACACGCUUGAUGAUUACAAAGCAAAUAAGCAUUUGAAGUUGUACACACCGGUAAAAAAGGCAAAGCUUACAGACAAGAGAUCAGUUAGGGAACCUGGUUCUCCUGACACAGGUUAG